AUGCAGCUUUUGAGCUUACCUUUCCGUAUCCGUCCCUCUCACCUCUUUCGCCCAUUCCAUAGCUCUGUUACAGCAGCCAAGACUUCCGAUGUCUUUGCUAAUAGCCUCCGAAAGACCCUAGAAGCCCAUCGAUCCACAAACCGGUCUCGUUUAAUCCGCAAAAUUUACCCCCUUGAAGAUUCCGCGGGACUCUGGCGACCCGAGAUCUCAUAUGAGAGGCGCGCCGACUACCAACCACCCGCAGAACCAACUCUACCGAGCUCGGAACACCCGCCUGGUACUUCUGAUCCGGCGUCUAAAAAGCGCCAGAAAAAGCGCCAAAGUCAAGUGGAUAUAUCGUCCCAUCAAUCACUCAUUAAUCGACAUGGAAAAGAUGCGAUUCAGCCUGCUGGAACAGGUCGUCCGGCACAGAGUCCAUGGCUGACAAAUUUGGAGCUGCCUCGCGCCAAUGCUGAGAUCACCCUGGAUGCAGAAAUUCGAGCAUUGGAUCAAUACCUGCUUCCAACGGCUCAGGAAAGAGACCGUGUAGAGAAGCUGAGGGCAGAGAUAGCCUCACUUCUCAAAGCAGUGGUUUCACAUGCUCCAAGAGUUAUUGGUUCCCACUGCACGGGUCUUGUCCUGGCGCACUCAGAUCUUGACUUUAUACUGCCGUAUAAAGAUCUUCCCAGAUCACUAGAACGUGGUCGAAGACCGAGCCCCACGCGGCCUCAGGUCCAAGGUGCCCAUACCCGUCUUCUGCGUCAAGUCCAAAGAGCAUUACAGCACACGGACAUAUUCGGCGAUAGCGUGAAACUAUCUGAAAAGCGAAACCCAUCGCUAUCCGCUUGCCACCAGCCGACUGGAUUGUUGCUACAAUUUUAUUGUGGCGACGGUAUCCCUGCCAUCACGGAGUAUUUGCAAGAUUAUCAGGCUGAAUAUCCUGCCCUGCGGCCUCUAUACGUAGUAACACGCACAUUGUUAGAGGCGCGUGACCUUUUUGGCUCACCGCAGGCGAGCAUUGGACCGGAUGCGCUAGCCAUGCUCAUCGUAGCAUUCCUGAAGAUAAACCAUGGCCGGUUUCCAGGGCCCAAUAACUUGGGUGACCAAUUCCUUGCUCUUCUGCAGUUCUUUGGCACUCAGGUUGACCUCCAAUCGGUUGUUGUUUCCGUUGAUCCUCCCAAACUUUUCAGCGCAGACAUGUUACCUGUAGCUUCCGAGGCUGAUGAACCUGCCUACCAGCGCGGUCAACGUUCUCUGAUCAGUGCCAAGCGGACCGCUGCAGCGAAGCGAAAUUUUUUGGUUGCCCAACGGUUAUGCAUACAAGAUCCUACUCAUUACAUGAAUGAUCUAGGUCGGUCAUGUACUCGGACUUCCGAGUUGCAGGCUGCAUUUGCAGCUGCGUAUCAGAAGCUUUGUCACGCGUGCGAUGAAUGGGCAGGCGUUGGCAAUAUCAAGAGUUCAAGUGUCCUUGCCACUACUCUACAGGCUAAUUUUGAUGGGCUAGAGAAGGUGCGCAACCAACUCGCGUACCUCUAG